AUGGCAGAAUCUUCUGAUUUAUCAACAACUCUUUCUUCCUCCACAGGAAAGCUUGACAAUGUCGUUUAUUAUGAUGUGUUAAAAUUAGCUAAGAAUGAAAUAAUACGCGCUCUUGACUUGGAAGAACAUGAAAGAAAAGAUGAAAUUAUAAACGAUUUGUUAAAAAAUGGUCGGCAAUCAUUGUUUAAUUAUGAAGACGACCUUGUACCAGAUAUAUAUGAGGCAGCAGUAAAUGAAAACGAUGGCGAUUUGAUGAAAUCUCUGAAAAAUUAUUUUGAGCAACAAUGGAAAGUAGAAUAUGGUUCUUCAAAUCAAUGGUUUAUUUUAUUUUUGAAAACAUAUGAAGACGACGCCAAUUAUGGUUCAUAUAAAUGUGUUUUGAAUCGUACCGCUGAAUAUGGGAAUAAAUACUUAAAAAGUUGCCCAAUCUUAUCAAUUGUUUUGCAACUUCUGUUUGAAGGUAUCGAUGAUCAAUGUUUGAAUGACACAAAUGUAUUCGAUGAUCUAUGGUUCACAAUAACAAAUGAUGGUUUAAAAUCUAUAGAAAAAUUUUCUGAUUAUGUCAGUGAAGAUGAAAUGUUGAAACUAAUAAAUAAAGAACAGUUGGCGUUAUUUCAAGCUUUACGUGAGUAUUAUCGUCCAGAAUUAUUUCAGUUAUUGGAACAAAGCAGUAUCGCAAAUAGACAAAAUUUGUAUGAAUUAACAUUAGAUAACGUUGCUGAAUAUGGUUGGUUAAAAGGUUUACAGGCAGUUCAAAAGAAAAUAAUACCAAGAUAUUUUAAAACAUUACUAGCAAAAAUUCCUUCUCAAAAACAACAACAAACUACAGAAUCAGAAGAUAAGAACGGUGGCACAACGAUUGCCGCGUCAACGGUAGUAUCUAGCAAUGCAUCCGAAAAGCAACGUAAGUUUGAUUUGAUUAAAUGUCUUGUUUGUUUACCCCCGUAA